UAUUCUUUCUGGAUUUUGGUUCUUUAAAACCAUCAAAUUUGGGGUUUUUCUUUCCUGGGUUAGACUCAGAUCUCCAAUCUUGGGGUUUAUUUUAAGUUUCUGGGUUGUUAAUCUUGUAUAAUUUUGUUUUUGGGGUUUGAAGAUCUUGAAAUUUGAGGACGAAAGAUGGCAGGAAAAGGAGGAAAAGGGCUAUUGGCUGGUAAAACAACAGCGGGUAACAAAGAAAAAGAGAAGAAGAGACCUGUUUCUCGCUCUUCUAGAGCUGGUCUUCAGUUUCCAGUUGGUCGUAUUCACCGUCACCUUAAGUCAAGAGCCUCAGCCAAUGGUCGUGUAGGUGCAACUGCAGCUGUCUACUCUGCUGCGAUACUUGAGUACCUGACUGCAGAAGUGCUCGAGCUAGCAGGAAAUGCAAGCAAAGAUCUAAAAGUGAAGAGGAUAACUCCUAGGCAUCUGCAGCUUGCUAUUCGAGGGGACGAGGAGCUCGAUACCCUCAUCAAGGGAACCAUUGCUGGUGGUGGUGUUAUCCCUCACAUUCACAAGUCCUUGAUUAACAAAUCAGCCAAGGAUUAAGGAUUCUUUAUCUGAUAAUAUAGGAUGUAGAAUAAAGUAUAUGCGGGAUUGUUACAUUCUAGCAAUUUCAGCUGUAAUAUCUUUCUGCCAAACCUGUUGUAGGAUUUCUAAGUGUGAUAUUUUAUUAGCUAUUUAGGUGCUUGUCAAUUUAGUUCAUUCUGGUCUCUCUGUGCAGUUCUAACUGGAUUUGUCUUGUAACAUGUGUUUGUUUGAUGAUUCAAUUAAGUUUCUUGCUUGAUUAAAUCAGUGAAAUUUCUACUGCAAGUUUA